AUGACUGGAUACAAACCACCAUCCGUUGAGGACUGUCAGUCCGAUGGUGAACCUUCGGACGAUCAGGGCUCAGCGCCUCGUCCUCAAAGCCCCAUUCAGAAUUUAUCAACGAGACUUAAAGCUGGUAUCGGAAAUCUCAUCGGUCUUCCAGGAGAUGCGCACGCCACAAAGAUCGUUCUGCGGAAUUCGAUAAUGACACGCAUCUCGGAAAUUCUCGAUCUAUAUUGCAACCAAGGUUGGUGUUUGCGACCACGUACCUUCGCCAUUCUUUGGUGGCUCGGUUGUCCCUUGGACAUGGAACAGUUCGUCAAGGACGGACUGACCGAUCAUUUCAUCCCAUAUUCGCUGGGAAACUUGCCAAAAGUGAUACGAGGAAAAGAUCGAUCAAGGUUCUUGGAGCUCCAAAAACGGGUUCUUCCUCAGGAGGAUCUGGCUGGCCUCGAGAUCUCCGGUGGCCAACACAUACACUUUCCAAAAGAAGAUGAAUCCGACGAACAGUUCGAACAAAUGAAAGUUCUUGGUAAUGGAGCCUACGCAAUCGUUGACAGAGUCAGGAGUAGAACGAGUCUUGAUCAGUUCGCCCGAAAGCGCAUCCAUCGAUUUCACUCGAGUCAUCUGCGGGACAAAAAAGCUUUGAUUGCGUUUGAGAAUGAGCUCAAAACUCUCAAAGCGUUGGACCAUAAACACCUUGUCAAACUGAUCAGCACUUAUACCGACCCCACAUAUGUAGGCCUGCUUAUCAAACCCGUAGCCGACAUGGAUCUUGCAACGUACCUUGGGCCAACAAAGGAUCCAUUGGAGAGGAAGGCAUGCUUGAGGGCAUUCUUUGGCUGCCUCGCCAAUGCUCUAUGGUAUUUACACAAAAACCAUGUACGCCACAAGGACAUUAAACCGAUGAACAUCCUCGUCAAAGGAACGAACGUAUACUUCACAGACUUUGGAACAGCCAGGCAAUGGGAAGGCGAAGGCGAUGGUUCUACAAGCGGGCUUGAUACUGAACGAACGCCAAGGUACUGCGCUCCAGAGGUUGGGGAUCGUGACCGAAGAGGCAAACCAAGUGAUAUAUGGUCACUCGGCUGCGUAUUUCUCGAAAUGGCGACAGUUCUCAACAAUGAGUCAGUUAUUGAUUUUAGGGGAUUUUUGGAGACAAACGGCACGCAGCGAUCGCAUUACUGGCAAAACAGUUCCGCUCUUGCCAUGUGGAUUCAACACCUCCGUGAAAGUUUUAAAGCAUCCGAUGACCUAAUUAUCCUUCAAUGGCUCGAAUGGAUGUUGCAAGAAAGCCCAAGGGACAGACCGGACUCUCUGCAGCUGUUGAAUGAAAUCAGAGAAAACCAGGGAGAGACAAGCUUCAUUGGAAGCUGCUGUACUGCUGUACUGGAAAACUUGCCUUCCAAACAACUUCUACCGAACGAACCUCUAAAAAUUGAUAUACAGAUCUCCGAUAGCGAACCUCCAAAGACUCCCCAGCAGAAAGUUCCGGAGCCUUCGAAAGCAUCCGACCCUCCAGAUGAUUCUCCCGUGGUGUCUGACAGGAGGUUUAUUCUUUUGUCUUCUGACCGUAGACCCGCACCAACACCGGACGUACCGGAGGAAGAUCAUGGAGACAGAGAAGAAGACCUUUACAACGUGUUGGCACCUGCGCCCCUCGAGCCUCCGAGUUUGUGCACGCAAGGAUUCACUGUACCGCGCAGUACUCUUGUCCCUUCUUAUAUUCUUGCUUGCUCGAACCGAUUCACCCGUCAAGAGGCAACAGCCCCAAAACACAACCAUGGGCGCGUAAACCUGUUCGUCUGUGGCCGCUUUAUGUUCCCGAGCGUCAUCCGAGCCAUUGCGGCAAGGUCCACGGAGAGCGAGUACUCCAAGGUUCACCAGCGCAGACUAAUGCCGACAGCGGACGACUGGGCAAAUGUCAACAAGACUCUCAAGCACGCUGCAGAGGCGAUGACAACGGCUGUUCUGCGCGGAUAUGACAGGUGGAAGCCCAAGGGAAUCGAUUGCGCGGUUCUGCAACAGUCGGACAUCUCUCCAUCGAUCAUUGAGGAGAUUUCUCGCAAUGGGUACCCCACGUCCAGCAAGCCAUCCGGAGAGGUGCAGGGUUUCAUUAUACGCGGCCUCACGCGGGAAGCGCUCCGGUACUGCGAUCUUCUCUUAUGUGGAAGCCGCUCUUGCGCGAAGAAGCUGCAGUUGGCCAAAGGAGAGGACCAAAAAAAGGGUUCUGCUCAGCCCGAUGGCCCAAAGGGAGGGCUCAUGAGGCAAGAGGAGGUAUCAGUUGAGAUACGUUUGAAAUCGGGAGAGUUGACGAAGGUCAAAGCGCAGACCUACAUCUGGACGCAAGGCAGCCUGGGUCUUUGCGGUCAGUGGGACCCGACAGCUUUUAUUCAAAAACCCGGCCUCCGUUCGCUCUCGAGCGGCGCGCUUGACUGGACAGCCGAAGAGCGCAAGCUUGCAAAGACAAUGCGCACCGACUACGUAUUCCCUGGCGACAUUCUCUGCAGUAAGGUGCUUAACAACCAACCCGAGGCUGUCUCAUCCCUACUUUCUCAGAUGCAGGUUGAUCCCGAUGCGCCGUGUCGCUUCUUCGCAACCACGCUUCAAGCCGCAGCAAGUCUCGGCGACGAGGAGCUCGUCAACAUGCUCCUUGACAGCGGAGCAAACUCUGAUGCCAACGGUGGGCAUUAUGGAAGUCCGCUGAUGGCGGCAGUCGUCCACAGCCGCAAGACAGUGGCCAAGAUGCUUCUGAAGGAACGCGCGAACGUGUUCGUGCAUGGAGCGCGGUUCGUGAGCCCGUUGUACCAGGCGGUCGGGCAUUCGGACUGGGCCAUGGCGCAGCUCCUGCUCGACAAAGGGGCGUGGUUGGGAGCGGGGUACGACGAGAUACUCGACCUGGCCGCCGAGCAGCGCGACGCAGACAUGAAACGCCUGCUAGUGGACUAUGACGUCCAGGGCCUCCACGACAGCAAACCCGGCUACGAGUUCGCCCGCCGAUUGCGGCCCCGUUCCGCUCGUGAACCGAAAUCCUCCUCCCUGGGCGGUGUCGUCUUGGAGGAGAUUUGGGCAAACUGCGGCUCCUCUGGUACUUGGAGGGGGCUAAAAGGGGCCAACAUCGCACGAGCAGCGCUGGCUGCUGGAGCAGAUCCUUCGAUUUUGAUGUUUGCGCGGAAGGCGAUAGAUCCGGUUCUGGAUCUUCUCUCCUUGUUGCGAGCGCAGGUCAAAGACAGGGAAGAGAGCCGUGGCCUUUCGACCCACGACAUGGUCUUUGAGCGCGUUGUCGGAUCCACAUCCUCUAGACGUUCUAGAAAAGAUGCGGUAGGCGGACGCGUGGGAAGACGCAACCAUGAAAACGGUAUAUCGAAACCUAACGACCAUCUCAGACACCCGUGGGGGAGCCCACCUCCGUAUUCCAGGUUACCGAAUUAG